UCACUGGACACAAUCUUCCCACGUCAGCUUAGAUAGCUUGCGGAGCUUUACACACUCACCAUUCCUCACUCUUUUUCUCGCACAUAACCAAACUUUCCGCUCCUCCAACCACCAUAAUAUAAGAAAACCACCGCCACCACUACCAAUAGAAUCGAGUUCCUGAGCCAUGGCAGCCACUGCAGCCGCGGCUGUUGGCUCAUCUUUCUCUUCAUCCAUCCACACCCUCAAAUAUUGUAUCCGCUCUAAGCACUGCCCAUCCGACGUCCCUCUCCUUAGGAUUUCAUCAACCCGCAUGUUAGCAUCGACAUCUCUUUCUUCCAGGAUCGAACAGCUUUCACUUAAUGCCAUCUCCAGCAAGUGGCGGCUCCUGAGGAUAUCCGCUGCUGUUGCCCAGGAAGAGGUGGCAGUAACGGCUGAGUUGGACGCGGCGACAUUGGUUGAGGAUCAUCAAGAAGAUAAGGGAGGAGAGGAAGUACUGUUGGAUGAAGAGGCCGAGAGUGUCGUGAACACUAAGCUUUACUUCGGGAAUCUACCUUACAGCGUGGACAGUGCUCAGCUUGCUGGCAUAAUUCAGGACUUUCGAAGCCCAGAGCUGAUUGAGGUGCUCUAUGAUAGGGACUCUGGGAGAAGCAGAGGUUUUGCAUUUGUGACAAUGAGCAGUAUUGAAGACUGUAACUUAGUUAUUCAAAAUCUGGAUGGAAAGGAAUAUAUGGGCCGGACCUUGAGGGUGAACUUCUCAGACAAACCUAAACCUAAAGAUCCUCUAUAUCCAGAAACUGAACACAAGCUUUUCGUUGGGAAUUUAUCCUGGUCAGUCACGUCUGAGAGUUUGACACAAGCAUUUCAGGAGUAUGGAAAUGUGGUUGGUGCUAGGGUUCUGUACGAUGGGGAGACAGGCAGGUCACGUGGUUAUGGUUUUGUGUGCUACUCCACAAAAGCAGAGAUGGAAACUGCCCUUGAAUCUCUUAACGGAGUGGAACUAGAAGGGCGCGCAAUGCGUGUAAGCCUGGCUCAAGGAAAACGAUCAUAACAUGAACAGCAGGGGAUAAAUAUAAGGCGGGGUUAACGAUCAAACUUCCCCAAGUCAGUGGCUCUUAAGCAACAAAAAGGAUAUGCCAUUUGGCUAUCAGAAACUGUCAUUGUGAAAAUUGAAUGAUUGUCUUUGCUAAUGCUAAUCGUGAUUUUGUUUUCUGUAGCUAAUAACAAACACUAAGAAAUCUCAUUAUGAACGAA